AUGCCUCCACGCAAGGCAGCAGCAACAAGUCGCGAGGCGCCAGCCUCAAUCGACACGUCGUCUGCGGUGACCGGCACAUCAACAUCGCAGGCCACCAGCGCACGAAGCAACAGCGCUGCCGCUGCAGUCCGGUCGGGAUCGCUCGCGACAGACCCCCUACCAUGCGUUCGCGUCAACAAGGCACACCUCGCCGAGAUCAAAAGCUCGCUGGAUGACAUUGUGAAGAAGCACCUCGUCGACCAGGCGUUCACGCCAUCACGUCUACACCCGACCGUGCACCUCGGACUGGGAUAUGCGAGCGUUGUCAUCUCGCUGGGCGCCAUGCUCUACUGCUACAAGAUGUCGUUUGAAGAGUCAAAGCCAUACCUCUGGAUUGCGGUCGUGUCGUAUGGUCUCUUCCAGGGCGCGCUCUGGGCAUGGAAGCGCUGGGUCGAGCGCGGUGAGGUGUUUCGUGGUCGUCGCAGGCGCAUCGUCAACCGCAUCGAGACAGACCUCAUCCAGAUCCACACCUCGACGUCGCUCCUCCCUCCUCCCGAGCCCGUCCUGAGUGUCGGGCCCGACUCGCGCCCCAGCUCGCCCAUCUCGACCGCCUCCCCCAUGUCCUCCCCGACCCUCUCCCCUUCCUCGUCUUCGUCCAUUCUUGGGCCCCCUCCUUCGUCCCCGCAGCCCCACGGCCCCACGUACCUCGUGCACCUGACACUGUCCACGACGUCCAACAACGGCAAGAGCCUGAUCCACAAGGCUCGCGUCGUGAGCGGCAAGCCUGUGGGAGAGGUCGUCGACACGGACGGCGGCGUCGAGGAAGGCGAGGUCGCUCGCUGGAUCGCCAACCUGCUCGGUGACGCCGGCCUCGUUGAGCUUGAGGAGACCGAGGGCUUCAAGCAGGAGUAA